AGCUCUCUACCCAUACUUCAUGCUUCACCUGCAAGGUUUCCACAGUAGGUUAGUACCUAAGGUACUCCAUCCCUGUUUAUCGGAGACAACCCUGUCACCAGCCUAGGGCGGUAUGUUGCGGCAGAUCCCGACGCUAAGCCUUCUACAGCAAGUUGCUCCUCCUGUUGUGGCCUGGCCUUGCCUCAGCCAACGCCUUGUCAUAUUCAGUCCAGCUACUGCGGUCUGACAUCGACUGCCUGAUCCUCUCCCGUCCUGUGCAUUUAUUUGACUGUCAAGAAUCACUUUAUGGGUGUUUCACUUUCUUCUUUUCUCUCUCACUCAUUCCCUCUGAUGACUCAUAUGUCUAGGAUGAUUUAAGUUUAUGGACUGCAUUUUGCCUUGCCACAAAAAGCACAAAACUGACUUACCAACUACUUAUUACUGUCCAUCCGAAACCGACUCUAGGCUCGACCUUGCUCUCAGUCGUGCCUGAGUAGCUCAACACCAGCCGGGACAACAUCCACUCGAGCGUCAAACCUCAUCGUCGCGUCGCAUAAUUGCGCUUCGGUUACAGCUCUAUACCUUUAGCUCCUUUUGCGCAAAUCGACCUUUUGUCGACUCUGACGGCAUCGCGUCGAACCCCUCGAGGCUGACCCCGCCUCCAUCACCAACACCUCCGCUGAACCGCCAUCCAUCUUCACUUUCUAGUCCACCAUGGCCGCUAAGAUGGGUGCCCCGAGUCAAAUGCCCCCUAUACCUAACAGAGAGGAUAUUGGGGCAACAUGGACUUAUCUACAAGCUGGUAUCUCACGCGUUAUGAACGAUCUCGAGCAGGGCAUCGACAUGCAAAUGUACAUGGGUGUCUACACUGCUGUCCAUAACUUUUGUACGUCCCAGAAAGCAGUUGGCAUGACUGGUCCUGCUAUGCACAGUAACCACAGAGGCGCACAUCUGCUAGGGGAAGAGCUCUACAACAAGCUGAUCGAUUACCUGCAUCAUCAUCUCGAUAGCCUUGUGAAUGAAAGCAAGGCCCACACCGACGAGGCGUUGCUCACUUUCUAUAUCAAAGAAUGGGGUCGCUACACAGUUGCCGCCAAAUAUAUCCACCAUCUCUUCCGUUAUCUCAAUAGACAUUGGGUCAAGCGAGAAAUUGAUGAAGGGAAGAAGAAUAUCUACGAUGUCUACACCCUGCAUCUUGUGCAAUGGAGGAAGGAGCUAUUCGAAAAGGUCAGUGACAAGGUUAUGGAUGCGGUGCUUAAGCUUGUGGAGAAGCAAAGGAACGGCGAGACCAUCGAACACGGCCAAAUCAAGCAAGUCGUGGAUUCCUUUGUCUCCCUGGGACUGGAUGAAGCAGACCCCUCCAAGUCAACACUUGAUGUCUACCGCUAUCAUUUCGAGCGUCCUUUCCUCACUGCUACCAAAGAGUUUUACAUGGCAGAGUCCAAGCAAUUUGUUGCCGAGAACAGCGUCGUGGAAUACAUGAAGAAGGCAGAGGCUCGUCUGUCCGAGGAGGAGGAGCGCGUUCGCAUGUACCUGCAUCAAGACAUCGCCAUUCCUCUAAAGAAGACUUGUAAUCAAGCUCUCAUCGCCGAUCACUCCAGUCUUCUUCGGGAAGAAUUCCAGGUGCUUCUGGAUAACGACCGCGAAGAGGAUAUGGCACGAAUGUACAACCUUCUUUCGAGAAUUCCCGAUGGUCUCGAGCCGCUUAGAGCCCGUUUUGAAACACAUGUGAGAAAGGCUGGACUCGCUGCUGUGCAGAAGGUCCAAUCGUCAGAGGGUGACAAGCUCGAACCAAAGGUUUACGUCGACGCUCUGCUCGAAAUUCACACCCAGUAUCAGGGCCUUGUGAAGAGAGCUUUCAAUGACGAGCCAGAGUUUACGCGUUCCCUUGACAACGCCUGCAGGGAGUUUGUCAAUCGAAACGAAGUUUGCAAGGCUGGAUCCAACAAAUCGCCUGAACUUCUAGCGAAAUACACUGACGUCCUGCUCAGAAAGAGCAGCACCAGUAUUGAAGAGGCAGAAUUGGAACGUACUUUGAGUCAGAUCAUGACAGUCUUUAAGUACAUUGAGGACAAAGAUGUCUUCCAGAAGUUCUAUUCGCGGAUGCUGGCCCGGCGUUUGGUGCAUAGCAACUCCUCUUCAGAUGACGCUGAGACUAGCAUGAUCAGCAAACUGAAAGAGGCAUGCGGUUUCGAGUACACGAACAAACUUCAGCGUAUGUUUCAAGAUAUGCAAAUUUCUAAGGAUUUGAAUAAAGAUUUCCGCGAGCAUCUUGAAGGCGUCGAAUACACCAAGGCUGUUGAUUCAACUUUCUCAAUUUUAGGAACUGGAUUCUGGCCAUUGACGGCACCAAGCACUGACUUUAACCCGCCCCCGGAGAUUGCCGCUGAGAUCGAGCGCUUUAUUCGCUUCUACAAGCAUAAGCAUGACGGGCGUAAGCUCACAUGGCUGUGGCAUCUUUGCAAGGGCGAGAUCAAAGCUGGCUAUUGCAAGGCCAGCAAGACUCCGUACACCUUCCAGGUCUCAAUUUACCAGAUGGCCAUUCUCCUCCUUUUCAAUGAGAAGGACACUUACAGCUACGAGGAUAUGCUCAGCGCCACUCAACUGAGCAAGGAGGUUCUGGAUCAGGCCCUCGCUGUUAUUCUGAAGGCCAAGGUCCUCAUUAUGUCUGGCGCAGCGGGCGAGAAGCCAGGAACCGGUAAAUCUUUCAAACUAAACUACGACUUCAAGAGCAAAAAGAUCAGGGUAAACUUGAACCUCGGUGGUGUGAAGGAGGCCAAGCAGGAGGAGGCCGAGACAAACAAGACAAUUGAGGAAGACCGAAAACUGGUCCUACAAUCUGCCAUCGUCCGAAUCAUGAAGGCUCGCAAGAAGAUGAAGCACACCCAGCUCGUAAGCGAGACCAUCAACCAAAUCCGCUCGCGAUUUGUUCCAAAGGUCGGCGACAUCAAGAAAUGCAUUGAAAUCCUACUAGACAAGGAGUAUCUGGAGCGUUUGGAAGACGACGAGCUAGGCUACCUAGCUUAAACCUCUAGCUAAGUGGUAUUGGUUCGAGGUCAAGUCGGAGAGCUUCACCCCAGCCUCCGCACUUCACGAUUAUCAAGUUCGAUUUAUUAUGUAUUUCCCGAGAGCAUAAAUAUCCGGGCCUCUCGGCGGUUAUGAGCGUCUCUACUUUCUCAAUUCCUUCGGCGUGGUCAGAGAGUCUGACGGGCAGACAUGAUGAGAAAUGCUUGGUAAACAAUAGAUGAUCAGCAAUUUUGAGCACGUGGCUACCUCUCCCUCGGCCCUCCCUAAGUUUCUCUCUACGUGUCCAUUCACUUAUUCAUUCUCUGUGUUUUGGGUCUUGAUGGUUUGGUACCUUGGGUGGGGAGAAAGUUGUUUGCAAAGGAAGAAUCAGUUGGCUUGGGAUCAGGGACUGGCUACAGGAAGGGCUCUGUAGAAAUGGACUGCUGAAAGAAAUAAAAACGUCUUAGCGGACAAGUUUUUAAAACCGUGCAUGUAAAGAACUUAUUUAAAGUGAAACGAUUAGCCAUUUCGAUCUUUCUACACUGUAAUAUUGCAUGGCUCGUUCAAUAUUAAUUACAAACGAUAUCAAGAUACAAUG